AUAACAAUAAACUUUGAUACACUAUUGUAAUAGCCGUUAUUGUUAUAGCUAAGUAAUAAAUAUUCUUUCUUACUGCUUUUUGCUGUGCUUUUUAUAGGAAACAAACUUGGUGAUUAGAGGCAAACAUGUCAGAAUAUGCCAAAGUGAAAGUUGGAAAGCUCAAGCUUAAAGGUGAAAAGGAGAAGAAACACAAGAAGAAAUCUCACAAAAGGAAACAUGAAGAUGCAACCUUAGAUGUGGCUGUGGGGAAGAGCGACUCAAAUGUUCAUGGCGGCUGGUGGACUGUGUCCAAAGUGUCUGAGAUCCGCGGCAGCAUCGCCAUUGAGCUCGGAGACCGAACCUACAUCAAGGCACUGGACAAUGGUCUGUUCACCAUAGGCACGCCACAUGCCGAAGGUGAAGGCCCCGACCCGGAGGAGGUCCUUAUGGCCGUCCCGGUGGGCGACCAGCGCGUGGCGUUCAAGUCCGGCUACGGCAAAUACCUGGGAGUGGACGCCAAAGACCGAAUGGUGGGCCGAGCAGACGCCAUCGGUCCCAUGGAGCAGUGGGAGCCCGUCUUCCAGGACGGCAAGAUGGCUCUGCAGGGCGGUAACAGCCGGUUCGUCUCGGCCGACUCCGAGGACUCCGUUGUAGUAAGCUCAAAAACCGCCUCCGAGCCGGAGAUGCUCAGUAUUAGAUCACACGCCGAGCGGGUCGCCCCCGGCGGAUCCGCCCCCAAGGAGGAUGAGGGCAAUCUCAACCAAGUCGAGAUUAAUUAUGUCAAGCAGUUCCAGAAGUUCCAGGACAAGCGGAUGCGUCUCCACGAGGGAGGUGCCGAGGAGCUGCGCACGGCGCGUGAACAGGGUAGGCUGCACGAGUCACUACUGGAUCGACGAUCGAAGAUGAAGGCGGACCGAUACUGCAAAUGAGCGACGGCUGACCUGCUGCUUUAAGGUCAGCAGCUUUCGACGCUUUCUUUGAGUGUCGACUGUGGUUGUCAGAUGUUCUGCAUACACAUGAAAUGUACAUCCGGGCACCCCCAGAGGUUCUACAACAUCAGUGUACUACGGCUGAAGACGUAAUGUGAGGUCUAAUAUCCACUGAUUUGUACAAGUAGUCUGGGUCCCUCGGCACUCAGCAUGUUUAGGAACGGUGGUUGCUCUCUUUGCGCCAUCAUUUCACGAUAUUUUUUUUAAGAAGAACCAACAUUUAGAAACGACUGAGCUGUAUCGUAUACUGAACUAAGCUCGGAUCAGUGUGACAAAAAGAGAACAAGAAUAAUCAUAACGACUUAGUCCACUCCGACUAAGUUCAAUGUUGAGUGGAAGUCGGCGUUCAUCGAUCGACUGUUCGUGUCGCAACAUCACGUACAACAUCUUAACGACUCUAAGAGGCAUCUAGUUAUCAUUCCUACACUGCUGCUAGCUAGCUAAAAGCUAGCUAGCUUCGGUCACAGGUGGUUCCUGCGAUUGUUAGUCGGCUCUCGUCGAUCAUAAUGUCGCACACUUUCCUUCAACUCAGAGGUGGCGCAACAGUCGGUACCAUCUCAUAAUGCAAGAAAACGCUCACGAAUCAUUGCAAAUGUUGCUGAUCAUCUCAUAUUCGAUGACUGUGUGAUGAAUAAUGAAUAUAUGCGAACUGUGG